AUGGCCUCUGACCCCGGCAUCCCCGACACCCAGCACCUGUCCGUCUCGGAGGUAGAGGAUUUGUACAAUGCUGCUCUGGCCGACGUCCAGGCGGCAGGGACCGCUGAGCAGCGCAAGGAACGAGGUCAGCGCCUGGCCGCCCUCUCCAAGGCCUUGCGAGCUGCCAAGCGGAAGCCGGCCGAGAAAACGCGGAGGCCCGAGUGGCUGAGCUAUCCGGAGCCGACGGCUCUCCCCCGCUGCCCUGAGGACCAAAGGUACGUCAAGAGCUACACAACCGACGAUGGUCAAGGAGCCAAAGAGUUCUUUGAGCAGUACGGCUUCGUGGUUUUCCGUGAUGUCCUCGAGCCAGCUGAGUGUGCAGCUACUGUGUCCGAAAUCUGGACAUCUCUGGAGGAGCGCACUCCAGGCCUCGAGCGCGAAGGGCCAGAGACCUGGUCUUUGUUGUCAUCAGAGCGCUAUGGGCUGCCUGAAGAGCAGGCGGUUUUCACUCCGCAGAUGGUGGCAAAUCGGCAGAAUUCUCGAGUCUACGCCGCGUUGGAUGCUGUCCUACCGCGCAUCGGAAGCCUGGAGGACUUCGAUAGCCCACAUCCGGACCCCGACAGCGUGGUGGUAACACAAGACAGGUGGUGUAUCUAUCGCCCAGCAGCCAGGGAUGAAGGAUGGAGAACUGCCGAAAACCUUCAUCUGGAUGUCAAUCCUUGGACAUAUGCUGGCUUGAGAGCGACUGAGAUCGAGACACUCAGGUACGGCUCUGAAGAGUUCAGUGACCAUCGCUUUCCAUUGCAGGACUUCCGAGCAGAGCUCACGGCCGUUCAAGGCCGUGGAGGUCCCACAGGCGAGCAUGUGCAGGGGGUCCUGAAUCUCCUCGACAAUCUCGAGGAGGAUGGCGGGACUCGUGUGGUGCCCGGCUUCCAGCACAGCUUCAUGCAGUGGUUGCAGAGUCUAGGAGCCAUGGAGGACAACCUUUCUCAAAGCGGCCAGCAUGACAACUGGGUCCUUCGACGUGCAGCUGGUGGGGGAAGCUUCAAGUUCUCCAAUCUAGAUCCCAUCCAUGCCCUGUCCAGGCGGAUACCCAUGCGCGCGGGCAGCUUCCUUUUGUGGAAUCAGCUGGUCGUACAUGGCAGCUGUGCCAACCGAUCCAAUAACUUCAGGAUGGCCCAGUUCAUCACUGGAUUUCGAGCAGGCGAGAUGAGCCCGGAGCGCGCGUGGGCGCGCGCGGCGGCCGUGCAGCGGCUCUGCGCCGGCUUGCCUCUUUCUCCUCUCGCGCCCCACGUCUUCGGCUUCUCCCAGCCGAGCGAGCCGACCGAGCCCAGGAGGCUGGAGCCGGUCUCACUUGCUUCUCGCGAGCGGAUGGCCUCCGAGCAUGUCCUCGCUUCCGCGAGGAAGGGAGAUGCUGAGGGGCUGCUGAAGGCGUUUGAAGAUUUUCACCUGCACUGCCGCCCACUGCUGCACGUGGGCGAACGGAAGGGGGAGCAUCUCGAUGCCGCUGUGCGGGCCAGGAGGCCUGCUCGCGCUCUGGAGUUGGGGUCCUACCUGGGCUACUCCGCCGUUCGCAUUGCGCGCUGCCUACCCGAUGGGGCGCACCUGUACUCAGUGGAGGAGAACUGCCAGAAUGCCAUGUUUGCCGAAGCAUCAGUUGAGCAUGCGGGACAAGAAGCCAAAGUGGUGGUUCUGCAGGGCACACUGGAGACGCUGAAGCAGAGGCUGCUCCAGCUGGCGCCCUUCGACUUCGUCUUCAUGGACCACCAGAAGGCUCUGUAUCUCGAGGAGAUCCAGCGCCUGGAGGCCUGGGGGCUCAUACAAGAAGGGAGCGUCAUUGUGGCGGACAAUAUCGGCGGAUGCAAUCGCGCGGACUGCCGUCGAGUGACGUGCGGCUGUGCUUAUGCAAACUACGUCCGGUCAUCGGGCCACUACCACUCGCGCUUCUUCUGGGGCUCGAGAGAUGGCAUCGAGGUCUCCUGCGCAAUCCCGAAGAUCCCAGCUGGCGCUGGAUGUGCGGCAGUGGAGACUUCAGCAGGAGAUGGCAGGGCAGUGGGAGGCAGCGCGAUGCUUCCGGAUGCCUUCGACCUGCGAUGCGCUGCGGGCUGGGUCCGCUUGUGUCAUGCUACUGAGUGCGCAGCAAGUCUUAGCCUCUGGUUUCGGAGAAGUCUUUGGGAAGUCCCUGAUGACUCCUGCGUCGGCCCCUACGUCGUGGAUUUGGCCGUGUGUGCGAGUGCCUGCUGCUUCUCUGCAGCGAAUGAGUUGAUGGAGGCCAGACUACGGGUCUUGCUCAAGGAAUACCUCAGGCAGAGGACGUUGUCCCCCUUGGAGGUGCAGACGUUCCCGGACUUUAUGGCUGCCGGUGCACUGGCCUGCAGCUUCUAUCGCUUCUGUGAGUUUAACGUGCGACAGUCUGAUGCUGACACGAAGGCGAAAGACAGCUACAAGCUCAUGGCACAGAGGGUCGAGCUGCUCCUGGAUGGCCCUGUGCGGAAGGAGCGUGGAACUGCCGAUAGGCAGCGCCAACUACAAGGCUGCAUGAGGCAGCUGAGGGCGGUGCUGCGCGGCUCCGUCCUCAUUGCGCAGCUCCUCUCUGCAACGUUGUUCCUUCAGGGAUGCGACGACGAGCAGGAGGAGGAGUCCCACCCGCCCGCAACGGUCAAGGACGCGCACCAGGUGGAGGAUUUGGCAGCAAAAGAAGACAGCCGCGGUGAGCAAAGUGCUCUGGACAGGGUCCCAAUAGUGGAGCGACUGCCACGGUCUGCACAUGAAGAAGCCUGGGGUUUCGGCCGGACAUCGCAAAGUCGGUCAGGGCCCAGCACGCAGCUCGUUCUGGUGAAUGCCAGCAGCGUCAAGCGGGAUGCAAAACCCGGUCAAGGUGACAGGCUGCUAGAUCAUGAACGCGCCUUCGAGCGAGCACUUAUGUCGGGCUCUGAUGCAAGCAGAGAGGUACACAUGAUGGUGGCUGACCAUUAUCUGCAAGACUACUACAAGCACACAAGUACAACCACAACCACGACCACCACCACAACAACCACAACCACCACCACGACCACGAGCACCGGCAGCAAAUACAUCAAGAACUCUACCGGGUCGGCCAUCGACUCCAGCUGGAAAAGCAAAAGAACACGAAGAACCACGACAAGCACAGCCACAACGACAACUGUGGCGCCAGAUGAGGUGCUGUUGUCCAACGUCCCCGCGAUCAAGGUUGGUGAGAGCAAUGCCACCGAUGAAAAUCUGUCCUUCGUGCCACCGCUCUUGGCAGAGGAACUGUCUAACGAGCGAUCGAAGAAGCUGGUGCCGCAGGAUUUCAGGAAGGACGUGCUGGACAAGGCUCGGAGUGGUGGCACUUGGUCGCCAGCAACCUUCUCUGCAGAAGAUGCCGCAGCUGCAGCUGGAGCAGCCGAAGGUAGCGAGGAUGUCACCAGCACCUCGUCUACCUCGCCCGUCACCAACAGCACUUCUUCUACCUCGCGUGCUGGUGACACUACCACGACCAGUCAUGAUGCCGGGGAACUCGCGGAGGAGGCGCGUGCAAAAGAGGAGGCGUUGGCGAAGCUGAAGGCAAAUUCCAGCUGGGGCCUCACCGGCACAGAGCCAAGCGACAGUGACGAGGCGGAAAGUAUGUCCCGGGUACGUCGGCUACAACAGGACCGCGCUGCCUUGCUGGAGCUGCAGUUGCGUCAAGAUCAGCAACUGGACGAAUUACGUCGGCGGCUGCAGAGGCAUCAAGAGAAGGAGCUGGAGCGGUUUCACCAGCAGCAGCAGAAAGAGCUCGAGGUGCUGAGGUUAGAGUCAGAAGCCUCGCAGUGGAAUGCGAUGCCCAGCAUGGAUCAAGAACAUUCCCAUGCAAGGCACAGACACGGCUCGCGCAAGAUGGGGCAGUGGCUACAGGAGAUUGCGGACAGCUCGAAGCUGUGA